AUGGAUGACCAUAAUUACACCAGCAUGGCUAUAUUUGUUCUUCUUGGCUUGCCUAAUGCCCCUCAGCUCCGUGCCGCUUCAUUUGCCUUGUUUAUGAGCAUUUAUCUAUUGACCUUGCUGGGUAAUCUGAUGAUCCUCUCUGCCAUAAUAUCUGAUUAUCAUCUUCAUACUCCGAUGUACUUCUUUUUAUCUAACCUAUCUGUCUUAGAGAUGUGCUACACAACUAUAACAGUCCCUAAUAUACUUUCCAUUAUCUUAACCAACAAUAAUCAGAUCUCUUUCAGGGCUUGCAUCUGCCAGGUUUAUCUUUUCACACUGUGUGCCACCACUGAGUGCAUUAUUCUGGCCCUUAUGGCAUAUGAUAGAUAUGUUGCUAUAUGCCUGCCCUUAAGAUACAGACUUAUCAUGAGCCGCCAUCUUUGCCUUCAGUUAUCUAGUACAGCCUGGAUGAGCGGCAUUGUAAAUUCAGUGAUUCAGAGCCUUCCUACAUCCCGUCUCCCAUUCUGUAAUAUUAAUAAGAUCUAUCGAUUGUACUGUGAGGUCCAGCCACUGCUGCAGUUGUCCUGUAGUGAUACUUCACUAAACAAAAUGCUGACCUCAGCCUCUGCUACAAUAUUUGGAGUUGGGUUCAUGACUUUUAUUUUGAUUUCCUAUAUUUUUAUAAUCGCUGCCAUUUUAAAAAUCCCAUCUCUAGCUGGGAGAAAGAAGGCUUUCUCUACCUGCACCUCCCACAUCACGGUGGUGACUAUGUAUUAUGGAGCUCUCAUAUUCAUGUAUUUAAGACCAAAGUCCAGCGAUUCAGGAAGGAUGGACAGUGCUGUUUCUGCUGUUUACUGUAUGGUAAUUCCAGUCCUGAACCCCUUCAUCUAUAGCCUGAGGAACAAAGAUGUCAAAUGUUCUCUAAGGAACAUGUUUACAUCCCAAAAAAACUGGUGA